GUAACUGCUUCCAGCUGCCCCCUCCAUGUGAUUUGAUUGGUUUGAAGAGGGAAGUGUUUGAGACACUGGGAGGAUUAUUUCCAGCAUUUGAACCCUCUUUGUCCUAUUUAAAAUACAGAAAAGUUUGGAUUUCAUAUAUCCUUAUCUUACUGAGUGGGUUGAGCAGGAGUCAAGUUUCCCAUUUCUUAAAAGCCUCUUGUUUAGAGAAAAGAGCAUAAUGUUGACUGCCGGUCGCUCGGCCACUCUGGCACUAUUGCUGUCCUUCGCUUUUGGUUUUGCAGAUGCCAUUCGACCUUUAAAAAAUGGACCCAUGAUCGAUGCUGAAGGAAGGGAAUAUAAAUCUCCCUCAUUAAGAACUGAUGUGGAAAACAUCAGCGGGCCUCAGCUCAAUGAUGGAUCCACUGUCCGUGUUCAUUGCACAGAAACGUCCAUGAUCAUUGUGGUGAAGGCUGACCUCUAUAAAACUGGACGUCUUGUGUCUCCUGCUGAGCUUUUUUUGGCAGAAGCUGAUCACUCACAGAGCGGUCGGUGUCAAGCUGUUGCUGCUGGUGACGCUGAAUAUGUCAUUGAAGCUCAACUACAAGACUGUGGCUCCACAUUAACUAUAUCUGAGGAUCAUGUGAUCUACUCAAACAAGCUAGUAAUCUCACCAGCUGCCGGGUAUCAUGGCAUCACGAGGACGGGACACGCUGUGGUUCCUGUUUCCUGUCACUAUAAAAGGACACACGUUGUGAGCAGUGGCGCUCAAAAUCCAGCACUGGCCAUCUCUGCUUCGGAUCACUCCGCUUUGGAUCACUCCGCUUUGGAUCACUCUGCUUUGGAUCACUCUGCUUUGGAUCACUCCGCUUCGGAUCACUCCGCUUUGGAUCACUCUGCUUUGGAUCACUCUGCUUUCUCUCUAAAGCUGAUGACUGAUGACUGGACAAGAGAGACAAUCUCCAGCACCUUCUAUCUUGGAGACCCCCUGCACCUUGAGGCAUCCUACAUGGGCUCUGAUUCGGGACAAAGACGACUCUUCAUGGACAACUGUGUUGCUACUCUGUCACCUGACGCCACAUCGGUUCCCAGAUACUACUUUAUUGAAAACCAUGGGUGUCUCACUGAUGCAAAACAGGGAGGAUCAAACACUCUGUUCCGACCCAGACGGAGAACGUAUUCGCUUCAGCUGCAGCUUAGUGCCUUCCUAUUUCACCAGGAUUCGAGGAAUUCGAUAUUUAUUACUUGCCAGCUGAAAGCUACCUUUGGAAUGUGGACUAGUAACCCCGUCAACAAGGCUUGCAAUUACAUACAUUCAAGAUGGGCAAAUGUGGACGGGUUUGAUGAUGUGUGUCGCUGUUGUGAUGGUACCUGUGACCAAAGUUCUCCCAGAACGAACUAUAAGACAAAUUUGAAAGGUCUGGUCACUGAAGAUAACGUGGCUUGUGGCACUGUAACUCUUGGUCCAUUGAUGAUUUUCCCAAGCGACUGGUGUCGGUUGGCGUCUGACUGCCUCGAUGAAACAUCUGAACUAACGGGUCUGAGUGGCUCCAGCUAAACCGGAAGUUGCAAGUAGGUUGCGCAGCUAAACCGGAUGUGUGAAAUUGGCGGAGUGUAUUAGGUGACGGGAAUGCGAAUUUGGCUGUGGAGUAAACUGCUUUUCACAGUAGAUAAGGGGCAUUUAAACGACUCAUUUUUAGUAUAAGUGCCUCUAACUUCCGUGUUACUGUUGUUGUAAUAAAACGAUGAGUAGUAAAUACUGA